CUACGGAGGGAGGGAGUCCUGGGGGGAGUGGAGGGGACGUUGCGGCAGCUAGCCUCUCCACUGCUUUGUGCUCGGCUAUGCCAUCUCGGUCCGAAGGAUGUGGAGCUCGACUUGUCUCCACCUUGUCCCUGGGACAUCAGGGCGGCCCCUGAUUCGAUCCGAUUGUGCGCUUCGCUGAGUUUGCGUUUGCGUGACCUCUUUCCGGGCCUGGGCUUGGCUCGGGUUCCUUUCACUUGCAAUACAGAGCACUACGCUUUCCUCUUGCCUUCCGAUCCCUCGCCUUCCGUCGGGGGGUUGCUGGCUGCCCCUGCUUUGCCCGCCGAGUGCUCGCUCGAUCGAUUCCUCGGGCGGUGCGCUGUCAUGCGAAGAAUAGUUCGAUCGCUCGUUCUCAUGCUCGAUUAGCCCCACUCCGAAGCAGUCGCAAUUCCGACUCUACGUCUGCUCCUCAUCGAACCUUAGCGCGCCACAGCGCAGCUGCUUCAGAUGCCGAAGCUGCUGCUGCUUGCACCUCCAGCACCGUAGGCUUUGUUUCUUGCAAGAGGAGAGGCGAGGCGAGGCACGCCAGUCACCAGCUUACAGGAGAUGCUGGCCAGGUUGUGGACUUAGAUCAGAUGCAGCAGCGGAUGGAAACUUUAGGCCGUGGGAUUCUUGAGGGAGGGUGCUAUUGGAAUUAGAGUGAGUGCCUAUGUGAUGGAAGAGAUCCUGUGAUUGACCCCAUGGUUGGAGGAAAGGUGUAGAGACUGAGUAGACGAAGAGGGAAGGAAGAAAGGGAGGAAGAAGAAAGGAAAGGGAACAAGGAAGGAAAGAAAAUAUCUACCAGGUGCAGGACGCAUCAUGUUUUCGUUGCUGUAUGGGCUGUGGAAGUACCUGUUUAGCAAAGCGGAGUUUCAUGUGCUCAUACUUGGCAUCGAUAAGGCUGGCAAGACGACAUUGCUGGAGAAGUUGAAAACUUUGUACUCUGAUUUCGAAGGUCUUCCACCAGAUCGAAUUGUCCCCACCGUCGGGCUCAACAUUGGACGUAUAGAGGCACACAAAUCAAAACUUAUUUUCUGGGAUCUUGGCGGUCAGCUAGGGUUGCGAACAAUCUGGGAGAAGUAUUACGAAGAGGCUCAUGCGAUAUUGUAUGUUGUAGAUGCAGCGAGUGAAUCUCGCUUGGAAGACACAAAGUCAGCAUUUGAGAAAGUCCUAAGACAUCAGGACUUACAAGGUGCCCCAGUAUUAAUUUUCGCCAACAAACAGGAUCUAGAAGGGGCUGUCUCUGCAAAAGAGAUUGGAACUGCCUUGAACCUCAAAGAGCUAGAGGAGCGGGAGUCUAUGGCCAUGGCCAUUUCUGCCUAUGACGGAUCUGGAAUUAGGGAGGGAGUCACAUGGCUUGUGGAUGCUAUGCGGACUUGCAAAAGAACGCAAGAGCUCAAACAACGUGCAGAUGCAGCCGUAACGAUGAAUAUGCACGUCAUAAAGGACGAUACCAGUGUUUGGAGAAAGGAGAGGAUUAAGAAUCGUGUCUGGUGACUUUUGCAUUUCGAGAUGAGAACGAAGUGAGGCGCGUGGUCGGUGGACUAGGUGCACUUCCAUGAUUGCUGGAGCGCAGAAACUUCAUACCAGUGGAGCUCUGUCGUAUUUAUUACUGUGCAUUGUACGAUUGCAAGUAGAGGCCGUGAAACUGUAUGAUGAGGCUGUAAGCUUUCUCCAAUCGAUUGUCUUGAUAUCGUACCCGGAGCAGAUAGCAGAAGUUCUUUUUGUUACAUGGGAGGAUAGCUUCUGCAUCAAAAAAUCCUCAUGAUUUCUCGACACUCAGCCUAACACAGUGUAGGAUUCCACAGAUUGUGGAAAUGAUCAUUUUUUACUUUCGUCCUCGAAAGUUACACUGCCCUUGAGAUAAGGUUUUCUUGUUAAUACACAGACAACACGUAGUUGAUUUUAGGCCGGUCUCUGUGUUCCUUACUCGCCUGCAGACUGCCGUAUAAUCUGGAGGCAUCCUCGUUGAAAGUGAAUACUGUUAACUGGCUUCCAGAAACAUGUGUUCGAACACUGUCCGAACGAUGGGCCUGUAAACCUGCAUUGCACGAUUAGUGUUCACAUAUGCCGUGCCUCAUCCUUGUGUCGCUACAUUGUAGUUGUCGCAGUCAUUGUGUAUUUUUACUUUGUCUUGCAUCCUCCACAUGCGUAGUAAAAGUCACUGGU